CCUAAUCUUUCUUUGACUCCACAUGGAUUCCUUCUUCCUCCUCGGCCCCGAAGCUCGGCGCCGGUUUCUCCAGAUCGCCGGACGUCUCCUCGGCUGCACGUAUAUCUGCUCAUGGUCUCCUCUCCACCAACCCACGACCACCCAUUUGGUGUCCACGGAGGGAUGGCACUGCGCGGAAGACAGUGGCCAAUCGAGCUCGUCCGCUGCUACCGUCUCCUUGAGGCUCUUCGAGGCCUACAGGAGAUCGCUUUGUGCUGUUCACAGCAGUUCCAGUUCUAUUCCUGGUUUGGCCUACAAGGAUGGGCUCGCUUACAUUCAGUUUACUGAUCGGGAUAUUAUGAACUUGGCUUCCAAUCACUCACAACGACAAUUCUAUCAGGAAGCUGGAGUAAAGACGGCAGUUUUUAUGGGUUGCAGACAUGGAGAAAUCGAACUGGGGAUCAAAAUGCCUACAGAUCCAACUGUACUACUGAGCUUAAUUAAACACAUUGAUAAUUGA